GCUGCAUCCGUUUGCUUACUACCACGUGUCGCUGAGCCAGUAACACAGUCAAACGGCUCUGGUCACGUAUAAUGGGAAUUUCCCGUCGAACUGCUUCAUUUCUCAUGCACUGAAACUCUCGAAUUACAAAGACAAUGUACGGUCCUGAUGGAUCACCGCAAACUGCCGACCCAGCACUUCUUCGUCGCUCUCGCUAUCAAAACCCUCGCGAACCGAACCAAGCAAAUGCACCAUGCCCCUCAGGCGUAGUACAGGGAGAUGAACCAUAUAUCGAAUCACGUGACUCUGACGAUGCACUACACAGUACAGCAUUUCCCGGCCAGGGGCCGUCUUCUGUAGCACAUGCGCACCCUCACACUGCACAGUCGUUUAUUCAAGGCCAGAACGUCCUUGCAACCGUACCUUUAACUCAACCAUUUGAGUCAUUCGCUGGUAACGAGGCGUCCUACUACUGGCCGCAAUCAACGUAUAACUCGAGCGAAGCUUAUCCUUCUCAGCCGGUCCACUUCUUACCGAGCCAUGGGGCUGAGUGGUAUGACAGCACUUCAUAUGGUGGCAAUGCUAUGUCUGCAGAAUCAAGUAGAAUGUAUCAAGGUGUCGCAGCCACUCAUCAGGUUCCUCUACCUUUCGACAUCAACUCUGCACAGAUGUCGGAUCAAUCAUUAGGCUCACCGUUCUCGAAUGUCAGUUUUUUGACCCCAGGCUGGGAUCUACUUGGCUCGAUGUCUUUACCCAACUCCGUAUCGACUGGCACGCGUAGUUGGGACAUGAUCGCGGACCCGAGGAUGAACACGGUACUUUCUCCCCGUCAACUGGAAGCUGCCAUUCGCAAUAUACCCGCUGCGUCCGACCAUAGCAGUCCUGCCUCUCGCCACCUAUCCUCCGGGCAGGCCACAAGCAGUGAUAUUUUCUCGAGCACUGUGAACCAAAUGCCAAUCGAUCAUCACCCGUUCAUGGCUUCUGACUACCUAGUGGAUUCUGAAGAAACAACGUAUACACACGGCAGCCCCGGUACCUUGCAUGUAACCCCGGGUAUCUCAGCGGAGGUGGAGCCCGGAAUUGCAAAAGCAAUCACGGGGGUUGACCAUAAUGUUGUCCAAACACUCAUACCUGCCAUUAAGCGUAAGUAUGACGAGGAGAAGAAAACAAAAGUCAAUGAAACACGCGCAAGGUCUUCAUGUAUAUGGUGCCAACUGCAGAAAAAAGAGUGUGAAUUCACUCAGGAUUCUGAUGACUGUGAUGCCUGCCUCAAGCACCGGUCAAACGAUUCUCCAAAGAAGAUCUGGGAUCUGCCUUGCGUCCGUGUGCAGCUCACAGAUGCUCUGGUAUAUCGCGAUGGCUCCAUACGAUUCCCUGCUGGCGUAGAUAUGGGUCGACGUUGGAACAACAAAGCCAGCAAAACAAUUCGACUAUCCUUCCCUGUAGGAGCGUUUCCUGGGACGCAAGGCAUUGGGCGAGGCCCUUUCAUAGAAAUCCAAUGCCGUGGGUUUCAAAGAAACAACGUUGAUAUCCUCUCUCGACAAUAUGCUUCGCCCUCAGGAACGAAGAUCGUGGAGUUUCCUCCUUUCGCUGUAGCAAACAAGGCAGGCGCCAAGAAAGCGCUGGAGGCUCUUGUCAACAACAACCUGGCCUACUUCGUCAGCGUACUCAAGAUCAAUUCACAUGCCCUCCACCAAAACACAUUUGACGAAGCGAUGAGGCAAGCACCUGAGAGCUCACUGAUCGACGGAACAUUGAGAAUUGCAGUUAUUGCUAGACUAAUCUCCAAAAGUUUCGGUAUCAUCGGGACUGAAACGCUUGGUAUACCGUUAUCGAACGAUCCGAGCUCGCCUUACUAUGGGCGCAUUCCGAUACCGCCGAUGCUGGAUGCACAACUUGACGAGAUCUGGCGAGACAUCUUAUACAAACAAAAGAAGAAAACCCUUGCUGAGCUGAAACGCAAAGUCCUCUCGAAAAAGCGUCGACAGUGGCUGGAAACUUUCUUAGCCAUUUUCAUCCUCUUGCAGACUCUUGAGUUCUCAUACCAACACCAGAUCCAUCAGCUUGAACGACACCGAAAGGCUCAUCCAUCAGGUAUACCCGACUUCCAAACGGCUGGUAUGCUGGAAAAGUGGUGUCAAUCUGCCAAGAACUUGUUGUGGCAUUUUGAGGUUGUGUGCGAAGGCACGAUACCGUUUCAGCCUGGCUGGGUUUCACCCGAAAACCUACAACUGGGCUCUCUUGACGAACCUUCCACUGCAUAUCUACAGGAACUGCUACGCCUGAUUGGAGACUAUCGUACUGAGCUUUUGGACGCAAUCAAGCGAGGUGCGGGUACGCCUCUUCAUUGGAUCGCGUUACUUCUCAUUCCAAAACAGAUUUGAUUGUGCGUGGAGUGCAUUCACAUCGACCUUGCUCUUCGAGAUCAUGGUCUGACGCGGUUCUCUCUAUGGACUUGCAACGUAUGGUAGAGCAGACAACGUCCAUGGAA